UCCUCUUCCUCCACCACCAAAUCAACCAGAAACAACCACCGUUAAAAAAAGAUCAUUUGUCUAAACCUAAAUCAAAAAGAAAUAUGGUCAGUCACCAAAUGGAGAAAGCUUUUAACGGUACGUCCGCGCUAGAGACGCAGACGGCUGAGCUUGAUCAGCCGGCAGCACUUAGAAAAAUCAUAUCGGUGUCUUCCAUAGCCGCCGGUGUACAGUUCGGUUGGGCUUUACAACUAUCUCUGUUGACUCCUUACGUGCAGCUACUCGGGAUCCAACAUAAAUGGGCUUCUCUGAUAUGGCUCUGCGGCCCAAUCUCCGGCAUGCUUGUUCAACCCAUCGUCGGUUACCACAGUGACCGUUGCACCUCAAGAUUUGGCCGUCGUCGUCCUUUCAUCGUCGCCGGAGCCGGUUUAGUCACCGUCGCCGUUUUCCUCAUUGGUUACGCCGCCGACUUAGGUCACAGCAUGGGCGAUCAGCUUGACAAACCGCCUAGAACGCGAGCCAUCGCGAUUUUCGCUCUCGGGUUUUGGAUACUCGACGUGGCUAACAACACUCUCCAAGGACCAUGCCGAGCUUUCUUGGCCGAUCUAUCCGCGGGUAACGCGAAGAAAACGCGGACCGCAAACGCGUUUUUCUCGUUUUUCAUGGCGGUCGGAAACGUUUUGGGUUACGCGGCGGGUUCUUACAGGGAUCUCUACAAAGUCGUCCCAUUCACGAUGACAGAGUCAUGCGACCUCUACUGUGCUAACCUCAAAACGUGUUUUUUCCUCUCCAUAACGCUUCUUGUCUUAGUCACGUUCGUGUCUCUCUGUUACGUGAAAGAGAAGCCAUGGACGCCCGAGCCAACCGACGGGAAAGCCUCCGACGUUCCGUUCUUCGGGGAGAUUUUCGGAGCUUUCAAGGAGUUGAAAAGACCGAUGUGGAUGCUUCUUAUAGUCACUGCACUAAACUGGAUCGCUUGGUUCCCUUUCCUUCUCUUCGACACUGAUUGGAUGGGUCGUGAGGUGUAUGGAGGAAACUCAGACGCAACCGCAAGUGCAACCGCUAAAAAGCUUUAUAAUGAUGGUGUCAGAGCUGGUGCGUUGGGGCUUAUGCUUAAUGCGAUAGUUCUUGGAUUCAUGUCUCUUGGUGUUGAAUGGGUUGGUCGGAAAAUGGGAGGAGCUAAACGGCUUUGGGGAGUUGUUAAUUUCAUUCUUGCUAUUUGCUUGGCCAUGACGGUUCUGGUGACCAAACAGGCGGAGAAUCACCGGAGAGAUCAUGGGGGUGCUAAAACAGGACCACCUGGUAACGUCACUGCUGGGGCUUUAACUCUCUUUGCUGUUCUUGGUAUUCCUCAAGCGAUUACGUUCAGUAUUCCUUUUGCACUAGCUUCCAUAUUUUCUAGCAAUUCCGGUGCCGGCCAAGGACUUUCUCUAGGUGUUCUAAAUCUGGCUAUUGUCGUCCCACAGAUGGUGGUAUCUGUGGGAGGUGGACCAUUUGAUGAAAUCUUCGGUGGUGGAAACAUUCCGGCGUUUGUGUUAGGAGCAAUUGCAGCUGCGGUGAGUGGCAUAUUGGCUUUAACGGUGCUACCAUCGCCGCCACCGGAUGCUCCAGCUUUCAAAACUGGAGCUAUGGGAUUUCAUUAGAUAUUAACAGUGUUUAAUUGGCUCUGUUUCUCUCAUAAAACAUUAGUAUUAUUGUGCAAAUUUCUACAUAAAGAGAAGAAAGGAAACUGAUCUUCUUGGGAAUGGUUUGUAUUUUACCUAACCCUUUAUGUUCCAUUUUCUGUGAGCGAGUUUUAAGUUGGAGUAUAUUUUACAUUUUGUUACCGUCAAGGCUUCA